CCCACUCCCGGCGUGCACAAAAGAACACGUCGGCACCGGGCAAAGGACGUCACCGUCGGCGGUCACGGCGUACAGUCGUCGCUCGUCGUCGUGGUCGCCUUCGUACGUUUUCGUCGCUCUUUAUCGGCCAGCGAGAUAACGCUGAUCGCGCGUCGUCCGAUACCGGGCAUCGGCAUCGGCAUCGACAGUCGGUGCGUCGACGGUGGAUGUGCGCGGAUCUUUCCUCGUGCACCUGCGCCCGCGGAGGAACCAGACCGAGCACCAAAAUGGCGGCCACGCAUCUCGACGUCGGCCUUCGUUGCAUCAAGUACCUGCUGUGCGCCGUCAACUCCCUCUUCGUGUUGACGGGGGUAAUGAUAAUAUCGGUCGGCACGACCAUCUAUGCCGUUUACGAGAGCUUCUCGCAUUUCCUGGACCCGAGCUACUUCUCGCCGGCCACGCUCCUCAUCGUGGUCGGGAUACUCGUGUUCAUAAUAGCUUUUAUGGGAUGCUGCGGCGCGCUUCGGGAGAGCACCUGUAUGGUUCUUGUGUUUGCAGUCUCGCUAUCGAUCGUGUUGUUGUUGGAGCUGUCCGCCGCCGUUGCUGCGUACGCCCUGCAGGGCAACAUCAAGGGUCUCCUGGCUGAGAAGAUCAACGCAACGAUGCAUCAGUAUGGAACGAACGACGAGGCCCGGUUCGCCCUUGAUUUCAUGCAAUCUCGGUUACAUUGUUGUGGAUACAACGGACCGAACGAUUGGACCAGCAUUUCGUUGAACAAUACGCAGCCGAUGGACUCUUGCUGCGAGUAUAUAACUUUGAAUAUCGGUGAGGAAGUCUGCCCGGAAGAAGAGAGAUACCAGGAGGGAUGUAUCGGUCGUCUCUCCAUUAUUAUUCACCGUAGCGCCCUAUAUAUCGGCACAGGAGCUGUGGCGAUCGCUCUCAUUCAGCUAACGGGAAUCAUGUUCGCGUGCAUGCUGGGUCGAGCCAUCAGACGUCAGAAGACGGAAAGGGAGAGGCGUCGUUGGGAGUUGCGAGAGAACCUCGUAAACGGCUACGAGCCGCUGGGAAAGUCGGAUCCCUUGACUACGUUUCCCGUAGUGUACAUGUCGCCGGAGUAUCCGCUUAAUAGCGAUAAGAAGUGUUAACGCAUUCGCUUCAGCGGACGAGAUGACUCGUCCUUCGAGUAAGAACCACGCAGCGAACGUGUGUUAACAUUUCGCGAUGCAAAAGUAGAUUU